AUGGUGGUUUUAGGACAUGUUAUUUCGAUAGAAGGAAUUCAUGUGGACCUGAAAAAGAUAGAAGCUAUCCUUCAAUGGAAAGCACCAAAAAAUGUGUCAGAAAUCUGGAAUUUCCUUGAUUUAGUUGGUUAUCACAGAAGAUUCAUGAAUGAGUUUUCUAAGAUAGCUACGCCAAUGAUGAAGUUGCUUCAAAAGAACUCGUCGUUUAUUUGGAACGAUCAGUGUCAGGAAAGUUUUGAAAAGUUGAAAGUGAUGUUGAAGAAAGCACUGAUCUUGACUUUGCCUGAAUUGGGGAAAAAGUUUGUUGUUUAUAGUGAAAUUUCGUUAAAUGGUUUGAGAUGUUUUUUGAUUCAAGAUGGAAAGAUCUGGAUGCACUGUUUGUAUGGUGAAAAGUGUCAUAUCUGUACCAAUCAUAAGAUUCUUAAAUACCUCCUAUCUCAAAAGGAGCUGAAUUUGAGACAACAUCGUUGGAUUGUGUUGUUGAAAUACUACGACUGUGUCAUUGAUUAUCAUUCAGGAAAGACUAAUGUUGUACCUGAUGCAUUGAGCAAGAAAGCAGCGGUUGAAUUGUGA